GAAGAAGAAGAAGAAGAAGAAGAAGACGACGCGACCCGGAAGUAAAUAAACUUCACGUGUUAGGUUCAUGUCAAUGGUUAGGUUAGUGCCCUAGUGUGUGUAAAAAUGUCUACCGGCAUAUCAGCGAAAAGACUGAAAAUUGUAGCCUCUCAGCCUGAGGAGAAGCUGGACUGGAAGAAAAGGAAAGCAGAAAGAAAGGAAUCUAAGAAGCAAACAAAAGAAGCCAAGCUGAUUAAACAGUUAGAAAAGCAGAAACAGCAAGACACCGCAGAUGGAGAGAACCUUGAACAAAGCCAAAACAAAAAAGGUCGGGCUUACACAGUGAGUGUGGCUCUGCCAGGUUCUGUCCUGGAUAACGCUCAGUCCACUGAACUUCGUACGUACCUGGCCGGACAGAUUGCCCGAGCCUGUGUCGUGUUCUGUGUCGAUGAGAUUGUUGUGUUUGAUGAACAAGGGGAAGAUGUUAAGAGCGUUGAAGGAGAAUUUAAAGGUGUUGGGAAGAAAGGACAUGCUUGUAUUCAGCUCGCCAGAAUUCUUCAGUACCUGGAGUGUCCACAGUAUCUGCGCAAGUGGUUUUUCCCAAAGCAUAAAGAUUUACAGUAUGCAGGUUUGCUCAACCCUUUAGACAGUCCUCACCACAUGAGGAUAGAUGAUGAAUCAGAAUACCGGGAAGGAAUAGUCCUCGACAGGCCGAUCAAACAAGGAAAAGGCUCAUUGGUCAACUGUGGAAUGAGAAAGGAUGUUCGGAUUGAUAAACAGCUGCAGUCUGGACUUCGAGUCACAGUAAAGCUCAGUAAAACACAGAGUCCAGAGAGCAAAAUAUGUAAAGGUGCGGUGGUGGCUCCUCAUCUGCCCAGGACUGAAGCAGGUCUCUACUGGGGUUACAGUGUUCGCCUGGCAUCUUGCCUCAGCGCAGUUUUCACUGAAAGUCCAUAUGACGAAGGAUACGAUCUGACUAUUGGCACAUCAGAGAGAGGCAGCAGCGUGGACCAAACAUCACUGUCACCAUUCAAGCAUCUUUUGGUAGUUUUUGGAGGUCUUCAGGGAUUGGAGGCCAGUGUAGAUACUGACCAAAACCUGGAAGUAACUGAUCCCAGUGUUUUGUUUGACCUUUACCUCAACACGUGCCCCGAUCAGGGCAGCAGGACCAUUCGCACAGAGGAGGCCAUCUUAGUUUCCAUGGCGGGGCUGAGACCGAAGAUCACAGCUGCCUUUUAGAGUUGUCUCCAAUGGUUCAUGAAAGAAUUAGUGUUGGAAAGUAAACGUUUUUUCAUCUUA